UAUUCUAGAGAGAGGAUGACUUUCAGAAUGGUUAAGGUUUUUUUAUGUGCUGUACGUCGAAUAGUGUGGACCGUGAUUGAAAAUCGUUGUGCUAAUUGCUGCCGAAUCGCCCCUCAAGUGUUUGAAUGGCCGAUUGGCCGGUGUCGCGAUACCUGUAAAUUGUGCGGUGCCGUGGACGUGUGCCUAAAUUAUUAUGAAUACCAGAAGAACGUCGCCACCUAAUGUUUCAUUUGCAGAUGAAAUAUCAACCUACGAGCAUAAACAUGAAGAUAGGCCGAAUUCUGUAAAUACUGAUUCACCCUCCAAUGCGUGUAGCUAUUCGGAAGUCAUCUCAAAUCUGCCGCCGAACCAUACAGCAGUCAUGUUGCAAUAUCCGACAACCGAUAUUGUUUAUCAUUUUCGUCCUUUUAAAAGACCAUCAAAGUUGGAUCAGCUUCAAGAAAACUGGAGAAAAAUGGGAAGUGAUGCUCUGACUACGAUAUUGUCCGCUUUGUAUGGCAAACUUUUAGUUGUGAUGGGUAUGGCCUUUCCUAUGUCUGAAGUUAUAUCUACUCAUAUUCCUCAUUCGUAUUACGAGGUGUAUUAUUUAUACCUUUACAUCGGCAGUAUGUUAUUCCUAUGUUACAUGUACAUAAUGCUUUGCAAAAUGCAGAAAAAAUCAUCCAGAAGAGAUUUAGACACAUGUUCGGAUUUAGAAUCAUCAUCAUCUUCGUCCUCUUCAUCUGGUGGCAAUUCGUCAGAUUACAGCGAUAAAAAAGAUAGUAAACAUUCUAUGAAUUCGGAUUCCGUUCAGAGAAGUUUAAAAAUGAAAUCCAAGUAUUAUGGCCAAAGUCCGGGAAGUAACUCGCCUCUGCAGCAUUUCGGCAGCUUUUAUUUACGAAUGGGAGCUGUUGCAUUUGGAAUAGGAAGUAUGAUAUAUUCAGGAUUGGAAAUCGGCCAGUAUUUUGAAUUGGAGAGGAAUACCACUUGUCAUAAUGUACUGGUCGCUGUGACACCGGCUACUCGAAUGGCAUUCAUUUUUAUCCAAAUGUAUUUUAUAUUUUUGAAUGAAGAGGAACAAAUAAAAGUGACUCGACACCGGGUUUUUUCUAGAUUUGGUCUGAUGCAUAUGAUUGGCACAAAUCUUUCUGUUUGGUUGAAUGUGUUAAUUCAAGAAACCAAGCACGAAAUUUUGACUUUUUAUAACCCCGAGAAUAACACCAUCGGAUUUAACAAACAGAAUGUGCAUACUUUCAGCAACACUCCGAAAACGACAACGACACCUUUGGUGGUUAAUCAUACGACCGCGACAGAAGCGAUCCGUUUGAAAAGAAGUUUAAAAGGAACUCACUACAUUUACGAAUGUCGUCGUACAAAUAUUAUCGGAUCUUUGGUACAGAACGCCAGUCCUUUUUUGUUUCCUUGUACCAUCGAAUACAGUUUGAUUUGUGCAGCCAUCUUGUACGUGAUGUGGAAAAACAUCAACAACCUGUAUUCCCAUAACAACAACCAAGAGACGACUUCGAAGCUUCCAACGUUACCGCAGUACAAAAAAGCACCUCAUCAUUAUUCGGUUGAUUGCGCACAGGCUCAUAAAGGAUUAUUUUUAGGAAUACUUUUCCUAGUGCUGACCAUCAUAUCGUUGAUAUUGUUUUUCGUACUAGUCUCGAGACCGGAUCUUAUUGCAUUUGCUGUGAUGGAAGUGAACAUUUGCGAAUUGUCGUUGUACGCUAUGUCGACGAUGGCCUCGAUCAUCGGUAUGAUACAGGUACGUCAGUUGAAGUUCAACGGUAGUCGAAGCUUAGAGCUGGAUAAUAUAUUGUUGGUGGGCGGCCAAACGGGUAUACUGAUCUACAGUACGUUUACCAUAAUCGGAGGUCAUUUUACCAAAGAAAAGAACACCAUACUGGUACUGCUGACGGCUUCCGCGUCUCUAAUACAGACAACGUGUCAGACUUUGUUUAUUUUGGACGCAUCGAAGAGGUCUUGCAUUACGCAAGAACAAUUCCGAAAGAAACCGGGCCGCGAGACGAUAACGUUUUUGCUGGUAACCAAUUUAGCCAUGUGGGCUAUAAAUACGUUGGAAAAAUCUAGAGGCGAUUCGCAUCCUAUACAGUUGCACUUUUACGGACUUUGGGCCUGGACUAUAAUCACUCAUGUGUCGAUGCCUUUGGCCAUCUUCUACAGAUUCCAUUCGACCGUGUGUCUGUGCGAAAUAUGGAAACGAGCGUAUAAAAUGAAACACAGUUAUAUCUGAGAGUGCAGCUCGCUGUGCGGCCUAUCUCUCUCUGGCUCACGCUGCUUUUUCUGUGUAGAUAUCAAAGCUCUCUAUCUGUUUCCCUCCUCGUUGGUACAUUGUGCCGUGCAGGGCCGUGUGUUCGCGAGGUGGUAUUCUUCCUUUUUUCUACGUCUACUACGUUUAUGGUGUACGUACAAGUAAAACCGACGAUGGCCAAUGAUGAAAUUCAAUCUACAAAAGGGUAUUGCUUGCUGAGCUACCAUAAUGUUGGUAAUUUGAUCGCGUUUGCGUACUCCUAUUUAGUUCUAAAUGCGUAUUUUGUAUACGUACCUACAUUUAUGAUGUACCAUGCUGGUAUUGCUUGCUACCCGAUCGGUCACGUUCAAGUGUGGAAUCUGCUAUUACUAAUUCAACUCAAUCGGAAUUUUUCAACUGGACGAAACUUUACUCGGUAUAGUUCUCAAGAUUUGUAGGCCUGCGGGUUUCGUAUCAUGUCAAUUUAAUUCUUGAACUAUUAGCAAUGAACCUCAUACGCCCUUUUAACAGAUUAUGUUUUAUAAAUAAAUUAACGUGUGUGUUUUUC